AUGAACAUCCAGAUCUUCGAGCGCAACUCUCUCUAUGCAUCUCGUCCAUCACCUGAAUCUGACGCAGCUUGGAACGCGCUCCUCCCCGAAGGCCGCGGGUUCGUCUAUGUACCCGAGUCAGAAAGAUACUCUCUGCCACCAGGCGAAAAGACAUUCUAUGGCGAAAUUUAUUCCGUAUCCUUGUUUCAUCAAUUGCAUUGUCUAGGCCAAUUACGCAAAUACUACUGGCUAUUGAUUGAUGGAGUCAUGAGCAACAGCACAAGUCUGAGACCCAUGGUGGAUGGUUUACUAGGACCUUCUGGCGAGCACGUAUCGCACUGUUUCGACUACCUGCGACAAACGCUGCAAUGUGCAGGUGAUAUGGCCUUGGAAUGGCCACGGAAAGAGGAGGAUGGUAGCAGGUUUGCUGUCGAUGGUUGGGGAAUUCCUCACGAAUGCAGGAGCUGGGAUCAUAUUGUUGAUUACAUGAAGGGGUCGUAUUUCAACUUGUCUAUGAACAGCGACAUUGCGCCCGAUCAUCCCAUGCAUGGAGACGGCAUGGCGAGAUUAUAG